CAGCUUUCGGUUUGCACCUGAAGAGUUAGAUUCUGUAAUCUUGGCUACAGCACAGUAACAGACACGACGUUGCAUUUGAUAUAUAUACAUGUGUAAUGCAUUAUGUAGCCUGUAAUCUGUAACUUUGACUUCUCCAAAUUGUUUGAACUGUGUAGAACAAUCGUUUCAAAUUUGAACAUUGUUGAAAGUUGAUGGUUAAGAUGUUGGAUUGUUGGAGCCUUCAACUUCAAGAUUGUUAUUGUUGUAGAUUCUGUUACGAUUGGAGGCAGUUUUAGGCUAGAUCUAGGCCUUCUAGAUUCUAUAUCAGUACUGUAAGUACAAUCAUCGUAAUCUAAGCUGUAGCCUACAUUAGAUAUUUAGGCUACUUAGAUUCUUGCUCGCUAGACUCACUCUCUCAGAAACUUAACUUUUGAAAAGUAUAGCAAGUGCACAAGCGACAUGGAAAAUGAAGACAGAGCCUUUUCAGAAACGAACGACAUGAUACAACAAUGGUACUUCGACUAUUUUGUGCAUACAUGUGCAAAACUUGUAGAUCCAAAUGGUUCUCAAGACAAAACCAGCAACUGGGAACAAAUCGAGAGAACCAUGUCAAUGAUCCAAUGUUUGCUGCACGAGUCUGUGGAUCCUGAGUAUCCAGGAAACAAGAUCAAGGCCCAUCUACUGGAGCUGCUGUCCUUGACCCGUAACGUUGCAAUCAGAUUGGAGUCUGAGGAGCAAGAAUCUCAAACUGAUCUGCUGGAGAACUUUCGUGAGAUUUUGCGCAGUCUAAUGUACAUUUAUGAGAAUUCUGAGGCGGUGAGGUCAGAGGCUGAGGUGUGUUUAUUUGAAACAAAUUAUGUGAUCUGCCAUGUGGCUGCCAAGCUAAAUUUGACAGAAGCAUCUCCCAAGCAGCUUCUCAGCAAGUUGAUCAGCGAGGCACACAGAAACUUAAGAAGAUUUCGGAAUCUGGAGGAUGAUGUACAGACUGCCAAACUGAACACUUGCAACAAACUCAGGUCUCACCCACGAUCUAUCAGUGAGAUUGAAAUUCAACCUCUCCUUGCCAGCCUGCUGCAACUGGUCAAAGAUGUAGAACAUUCUUUGGAUGCUCCGUAUCUGAUUGAGAUUGCCGCAUUGCACAAACUGAGAACAAAAUUGAAGGAGAAUCCAGGUGAAGAAGAAGAAGAGUUGUUGGCACAUGAUAGACCAGAAAGUCGAGGUGAUGUGGAGAACGUCCUUGCUGAGAUUGGUUAUGCUGGAAAUACAUUAAAUGGACAAAGAAAGAGAAAAGGGGCAGAGGAAUCCCUUUGCAAAAUAAGAAAAUCUUUCAAAGCUUCCAAGAGGGCCACAAGACCAUCAGAUGGGGUAGACCGCACACAGAGGAAGAGGAGCGCCCCCAUUGACGAUGAGUCAUCACCUCGAUCUGGCCGUUCUUCCAGUGACUCAUCGGAUGACCAGUUGUCUUCCUCCGACACUGCGAGACGGAGACGUCCUGUCGUGUUGAAGAAAAUAGUCCCCAGACAAAGUCUAAUCAAUUUUGCAAGGGCGGUAAAACCGCCGUCACAUCAAACCUUAAGAAUGGGCAGAUGGACACAAGAGGAGGUAGACGAGUUUAUCCUGGCUACUCUAACUAUUGGAGAAGGGUACUGGGUCGAAAUAAAAAGGGCAAUAGACAGUAAGAGAUCUUCUACACAGCUCAAAGACAAGUGGAAAAGUAUGCCCAUAGAUCGGAUUCUGUCGGUUGCGAGGGAAAAUGACCUGAAGUACACUGGAAAGAAGUGGCAUCAGUGAGGUCUGAAAAGGUGUGGAAUAAGUUCAACCUCAACAACAGUGCCAGGCAAGAGCUCGGUCCUGUGAAGAGCCAUCUGACAUUGCAGAUUAUCACUGGGAGCAUCAGUUGAUCUAUGAGUACACAGUUUCCGCAGUGUCAUUGAUAAACCUCACUCUUUGACAAUGAGAUCCCAGAUAGAUAUAUAUGAUCAGGCGGUUUAAUUUGUAUGCGUUCAAAAGGGCAGUGCCCAAUCAUCAAAUUAAAAAAAAUGUUUAACCCAGUACGUGUUUGUAGCUCUUUCAGCAGCUUAUUAGCAGAUAAUUUCCUCCGACAGGUCAACUUGUCCCACAAAACUCUUGUAUUAUAAUAAGAAAUAAUUGUAGAAACAAUCGAGACUUACCUGUAAGUUGAUGAUUGUUUCUGAUUUUGACGAUCUGUCAUCAGGAACGGAGUGGUGAGCAGUUGACAACAAAGACAUACUUUUGCGCUGUGAUUUUUUCCUCCUUGAAGGCUACAGUUGCAAGCAUGGUGUUAUUUCACAUGUACUGGGCUGUACCCAGUGAUAACAUCAGUAUUGUGAGCUCCUUAGGAAAGCCUUUCAAGUUUGCGCGCACCGUUCUAGUGUGAGAAAAGUUAUUUUAUCCAACAAGUACUUAUCCAGUUGAGGCUUUGUGUAGCAGUUGUCUGUGAACAAAGGAAAUCCCUUUUUGAGGACUUACACACUUUCAUUGAGUUUUUGACGACACCAAAAGUCGACAAAAGCCGGUCACAAACAUGAAAGUCUUUCCCAGCAUACAGCUCUGUGUUGUACACAACCAUCAAGUUUUGUAUCACGUAGUUGGAAAUGCUUGAUGCCAAAUCUUGUGUGCCUUUCAUUAGUUAGGCAUAUAUUGUAUGUACAUGAACCUACUCUUUGUUCCAAUCAUGCUCUCGUUGAUGGAUAUAUUAUGUGCUUGGUGCGUACGCCACAGUCGCACUUCCUCUCAGAAUAGGACACCAUGCGGUUAGAAUCAGAGAAGCUGUCAAUCAUGGUGCUGUUUGGAGGAAUGUUGUUUCAGCAUUUUAAGUUUCUUCCUCUGGAAUGUUUUUAGCAGCAUUGAAGGUGUCAGUGAAGCUGGUCUUCUUUCAAAUCAAGUCAAGUGUUUGACGAGGUCCAUUGAUGUGUAGAACCUUUUGGCCAGGGCCGAACGGCUUCAGCAAAGUGUCAGAAACUUUCACAGCUUGAGUUUGAGAAAUGUGUUCAGUAAGUUCAUGUUGAAGGAUCAUGUCUGACUUCCAAAAUGUAUAAGUGGGUUGAGAACGUACCUUAUUUUGUUGUCCACUAGACCGAAAUCCUUCACGUGAUGCUUAGGGGGUUUUGAUGGGUCUUACUGUUUUGUAUUACCAGGAUCCUGUCCAUCCCACCACCAUUUCAUCCAGUGAUAACGCUUUGCCUAGAUAAAAAGCUCACAAGACAGAGUUGACAAACGGCUCUAUUUUCUCCAUGCCCUCAAUACAUGUGUGUAUUUGUCUGACACCAAACGAAGUCUGGUGAAACAUGGCUCAAAUUAACUGAUGUGUUAAGUAUGCAAGACGUUUUAUUGUUGGUGUGGAUUUGUUAAUUCGGUGGGGGGGGGUUUGCAAAAUGUUUCCUCUAUUGUCUUAACACUAACAGUACCGCACUUGUCGCGAGGCCAUAGUAUGUGCUCACUGCCGCUGGGAACUGAAGUCGCCGACACAACCAGACACACUGAACAUAAUUAAACAAUGUACAGA